GGGGAAGAGUGUAAGUAGCAGAAAUAGAACACCCCCGGGUUGGAAUGGGAUGGGCCAACCCGGGGUCAGAGGUGAACUGUAGCACACGCCGGGAGGGAAUUUUCACCGGCACUUGAACUUCACGUUGUCAACAAACUGUCCGGAUCCGAGAAAUGGAUUGAACACAUUUUUGCUGCCAGAGAUGUUUGCUUGAUAAGCAGGACAAGUAUAUUGAAGAUCCUUCAUUGAAGUACUGACCGAAGAAUAUACUGAAGAGAGAAGACGACAUAAAGGAUGUUGAUGCAGGUAUAGCUGUGGAGCUGACGACUUUGAUAACCAGAUAAGUUUCACAGAGGGCACCAAACACUGAAGAGACACAAUUUCUGUUUAUAUUUGAGCCUGAGUUGGUACGAUCCUGUGGGAAGACUUUGUGUCAGUGUGUUUCGACUCCAGAGCAGUCCGGGCUGGCCUGAGGGUAUCCCACUGCCCAAACCAAGGGAUUUGACUGAAGCCGGUGGAUGCACGACAGAAGUGGCGGUGUGCUGAGAUAGAACACCCACCUAGCUACAAGGGUCCUGCACACGCGACAGUGUUCUACCAACCACAGCAGACGUGCAAGGCUUGUCAUCGACGCGCCGAGCCGAUCUGAACCAGGUUUCCUGAUCAGGACUCGUCAGAGAUAAAAGAAAAACUUCCCUCCAUCCGGACACCCACUUUGUGUGUGCACUGCUUCACCAGUAAGACAACAGACUUAGCUGCGGGGAGGUGACUAUUCGUCAAACACCACAGGAACUUGCCUCCCGAGCGAAAGCUGGAGAGAGAGCUUCUGCAAAUAUUGGUGGAAGGGAAAAGUACAGCCUUGGUGCAUUCCAGCAGGGAGGCAAGUUUGAGGAGGGGGACCUCCUGCCAUGCUACACUGAGCCCAUGCUCUCUGGUGGAAAGACUCAUCGGAGGGAUUAGCUACUAAAACAAUUGGUGGAAAAACGGCACUGUAAUCAGUUGACCGACACUUGGUGCUGCCACCAUGGAGAGAGGAACAGGGGCUGCACUCGGGCUCUUGCUUCUGAUGACACUGUACAAGAGUUCACAGGCCAUAGAUGCAUCGACCUGCCGAUACUCCCUGGGUAUGGAAGACAAGAGGAUCCCAGAUGAGGACAUCUCUGCAAGCUCUUCACAUUUUGAAACAGUCGGCCCAAGUUACGCAAGACUAAGACAAGACGAGGGCGACUGAGCAUGGUGUCCACGGAACAUGGUCACCGACGAAUCAUACGAGUACCUCCAGGUCAACAUGCGCACGCAGCGCUUUGUAACCAUUGUGGCAGUUCAGGGGCGCUAUGAUGAGGGGAUUGGGAGGGAAUUUGCCCGCAGGUUCCGCCUCGAGUACAGCCGGGACGGAAAGGUUUGGAGACGAUGGAAGGACAGGACAGGCAACGAGCUCCUGGAAGGGAACACUGACUCCAUGACUCCAGUGUUGCGGGAUCUGGACCCGCCGUUUAUCGGGAACCACAUCCGCUUCAUCCCGCUCAGUAACGACCCGGGCGUGCCGCAGACCGUCUGCAUGCGGGUGGAGAUGUACGGCUGCGAAUGGAACGACGGCCUGGUAUCCUACUCCAUGCCACCCGGACAGAGCCGCGGUGACGUGCUCGUGAAUGACGCCACCUACGAUGGCGCCAAAAGCGCGACCCUCGUGUACAGCGGACUCGGCCAGCUCACCGACGGAAUAACCGGCCCGGACAACUUCCUCCUAGACGCCAGUGGCAUGUGGACCGGGUACGAGUGGGUCGGCUGGAAGAACACGACCAAGGGAACGAAACCCGUGGAGAUCGUGUUUGAGUUUGAGAACGUGAGAAACUUCACGACCAUGAAGAUCCACUGUAAUAACUUCUUCCUGCGGGAGGCCAAGGUGUUUGACGAGGCAACGAUAUCCUUCAGCAUCGAGGGGACCUACUACUCCCGCACUCCCAUAGUGUACAAACACAUACUGGACACUAACAACUACAGUGCACGAUGGGUGACCAUCAACUUAAACCACAACAUUGGAAAGUUCCUGAAGGUUCGCUUCACCUAUGCCGACAGUUGGAUGCUCUUUAGCGAGGUGUCCUUUGACUCAGUGACUGGCAACUUCAGCCACCUUACUGACGAAGAGUAUGUAGACCCAAUGCUUGUGACAGAGACAGUGCCUCUGCCCAUCGAGAUUCCAAACGGGGAAAUCGUUAUGGACGGAAGCGCCACUUCUCUCACAACUGUAGACCCUAACGGCUCGGAUCACACAGAAGUGACCACAGUUGACACGUCCAUCACAGAAGUGGACGGUCAGAGUGGCCUCCCCAAUGUGGCCAUCAUCGUGGGCAUCCUGGUGGCCAUUAUCUUUGUCCUGAUGGUGGUCAUCCUGCUCAUCUUGUGGAGACACAAGAGGAAGACCAAGGCCAAGCCUCCAAAAGAAACAAGAGGAUUUGAGCAGCACAUUGCGCUGAACGUGUGCAUGCCUAACGGACACAACAACCAGCCCAGCGUGCGUCACGCCAACCCGAGCUACCACCGCAUCCGCCCCAACGAUCCCGAGUACCAGGAGCCGCACAACUUCCUGAGGAAACUUCCCGACCUGCCGGCACUUCCCGCGCCUGUCAGUCAGUCCAGGGAGAACUCAGGUGAUGCUGUGUACGCUGAACCAGACUUCAGCCUCUGCGCCGCCAACCCGAACGUCAAGAUCCCGCACUACGCCGAGGCCGAGAUCGUCAACAUCCAGGGCGUGGCGGGAACCAACACGUACGCCGUUCCCAACGUGAACAUCGACAUGUACUCCACCUCCACUCCACCUGAGUUCCCUCGACACAACCUACACUUCCAGGAGAAGCUGGGGGAGGGGCAGUUCGGAGAGGUUCACCUGUGUGAAGCGGAGGGGAUGAGAGAGUUUGUUGGAGGAGACUUCUGCCUCACCCACACAAAGGACAAGCCUGUUCUGGUGGCUGUGAAGAUGCUCAGACCAGACGCUACCAAAAAUGCCAGAACCGACUUCUUUAAGGAAGUGAAGAUCCUUGCGAGGCUGCGGGACCCUAACAUCGUGCGACUGUUGGGCGUGUGCACGCGGGAUGAGCCCCUGUGCAUGAUCGUUGAGUACAUGGAGAAUGGGGACCUGAACCAGUAUCUAUUCAAACACGAGUUCGAAGGCGCCGUACCCUCUGCUUCAAAUGCACCCAUGCUUGGCUUGGGGGCGCUGCUGUACAUGGCUGCUCAGAUUGCAUCUGGCAUGAAGUACCUGUCGUCCUUGAACUUCGUGCACCGUGACCUUGCCACCAGGAACUGCCUGGUCGGGCCGAGGCACUCGGUUAGAAUAGCGGACUUCGGGAUGAGUCGGAACUUGUACUGUGCAGAUUACUACAGGAUACAGGGCCGCGCCGUACUGCCGAUUAGAUGGAUGGCAUGGGAGAGCAUUCUCAUGGGUAAAUUCACCAGUCAGAGCGACAUCUGGGCCUUCGGCGUGACCUUGUGGGAGAUCCUGACCUUGGCCAAGGAGCAGCCGUACGCCCACCUGAGCGACGAGCAGGUCAUCGAGAACACGGGAGAGUUCUUCAAGGACGAGGGCCGUCAGGAGCUGAGGGAGAAGUGGAGGUCCCUGCUUAGCCAUGCCUGCAACAUCCACUCAUGGGGGACCAGUGAAGUGUACCACAGGUGUCCACAUCCACCCAUUCCUAGGAGGCAGACUACCCGGCACACAGAGUGGCUGAAGGAAGACAGCCCAGCCCACACAGCCCUGAAGGAAGUCGUGAUGGAAAAGGCCCUUAUGAAGGAUCUGGGACAGCUCACUGCGUUCAAACACACAGGAACCAUAGAGGUUUACCACAACCUGGUACUGAAGUAUGCACCCAAGCGAUUGCGUUUUAGCUACUUGGGGAUGAAAGCUAGACAUCAGCUUGCUGCUAUGGACCACAACGAGAACGCGCUCAAUCCUCCAGCCUUAGAUGAAGAUGGUGAACCACAGUGUCGUCUGGUAUGGUCUAAGAGGUCAAGUGACUGGGUGGUGAAGUUUGUGACAGGACCGCGUACCUACAACUUCAGACACCAGCUGAUGGGCGACACGGUGGAACGGCUGAGGUCCGGACGGUGGAAGAUGGGGGAGGCUGUGUUGGCUGCACCACCAACCAUCCCUCGGAACAUCGCCCCAGUUGAGCCCCCAGACAAGGAGACAGCCAUUGCAGAGUUUAAGUCUAGGUUUGCUAGGUUUCACACUGUGUAAUUUUGAAGUGCUUUUUGAUUAUCUGCACAGGUGAAAUAUAACAGAGACAGAUACUUUUAUUUUUUGACAGUUUUUUAUGUCUGUUG